UUAACCACGAUCAUUUGAACUUACUGCCAAAGGAUGCUUUAAUCUAACAUUAAGGCAGUCAAGGUGGCACCAAACUCAAAAGGUCUGCAAAAACAAGUUUAAUUUCUGCAAAGCCUGCAGCAUUAUUAAGAAAUCUUAUCCUCGUUCUUGGCCAUCCAUCAAGAGGAAGGGAUAAAGUGGACUUAGAGCAUUAGAUGGAGAUUAGCUCUGUACCAUAUUCCAUAUCAAGAAUUUACCAGCCAAACAGUAAGAAAUUGUUGAACACUUGGUAAUAAAUUAGAAGGUCCUGCGUUUAGAACAAAUACUUUGCACAUGUGGAUUAAAGUAAAAAGGGGUCAGUAUUGGUUCAGCUCAGAUGAUAUAAACAGUGGCAGACAAUAACGUUAAGUUACAAAGUGAACACAAGGAGGUAGAGAAAGAUUGAGGCUGCCUUGGUGCCUGCAGAAACUACAGAAGGUAUUUGGUGCCAUCAGAACAAGUUGCUGCAGGACAAAGGGCUGAUGGAUUUUAUUGAUCGUUCCAACACUGCUCUCCAGGUGCUAUGGGAUUAUGUUCGGCAUCACCACACAGCCACAGUGAGGUCUCCAGCCUUCCCUGCUCUUCUGGCUCUCUCUGGCUACCUUCUCUUCUGCACCCCGUUUGCUCUCAUGGAUCUCAUUGGAGAGUGGUUGCCUCUGUUCUUCAAAUACAAGAUUCAGAAGAGCCGGCCCAGUUUGCACAUGAUGGGCCAGUGCCUCCACCAGGCAGUCUUCAACCAUCUGCUCUAUGUUCUUCCUGCAGUUACCAUCAAUUGGUUUUGGCACCCACCAGCUCCUCUGCCAGUGAGGGCUCCAACAUGCAUCCAACUCCUGGCUGGUGUGCUGAGCUGCCUGCUGGUGUUUGACUUCCAGUACUACUGCUGGCACCUACUCCACCAUAAAAGUCGCUGGUUGUACAGGAACGUCCAUGCCAUCCACCACGAGUAUACAGCACCGUUCUCGUGGGCAACCCAGUAUCUCGGGGGGUGGGAGCUGCUGACUGUUGGGUUUUGGAGCAGCACCACUCCGCUGCUGUUCAAGUGUCACCCGUUAACUACGUGGGCCUUCAUGUUGCUGAGUGUCUGGAUGUCAGUGGAAGACCACACUGGAUACAACCUGCCCUGGAGCCUCCAUAAUGUCAUCCCUUUGGGACUGUGUGGAGGGGCCCCAGCUCACGACCUGCACCAUCAGAAUCCAAACACCAACUUUGCCCCUUUCUUUACUCACCUGGACUGGGUGUUUGGGACUGCCAACAAGGAUUAAAGAUGGAUCUACUGAUAUCUUUGGAACCACGGGUGCUCUUUGGGGUCAGCUGAGAGAGUCGCUCGUAUCCAAGCCAUGAAUUGGAGUGACUUCUGAGCCAAGUGAAGUUUUGGUAUCAUAGCACUAGAGGAUUGUCAAGGGUCGCUGACAUAUACAAUUGUCUCAGAGCUGGGAAAUGCCUGACAACUGAUAAAGAAACAUGUCCUACUGUUUUAUUCUAUACCAUCACAACACCCUGCGCUAGUAUUCUUCCAAUUACCGCAAGAUCUAUGGCAAUAUGCUGUGCUAAACAAUUCCCUCACCAAACUGUCACUCCCGUGUUAGUGUGUUUGGACAGCAGAUCCAAUGAAUUCGUUCAAUGAGUGAAGUGGAAUGAGUCUUUUGUACGUGACGUCAACCCGAGGCCCCCACCUGGCGGAUUUGUAAGAUUCCACGACUAGUUGAAGGGACGUCCGGUCGAUAUUGAUACCCAAAAACAAUCACUGUUUGCAGUGCUCUUGGAAGUUACGUUCUAACUAAAACAAGACCAGACCACUGGGAGAAAAGCCUGAAAAUAAAAAAACUGCAGAUGCUGCAAGUCAUAAACUAAACCAGAAAUGGCUGGAAAAGCUCAGCAGAUCUAGCAGCAUCUUUGGAGAGAAAUCAGAGUUAAUUUUCAGGUCGAGUGACCUUCUGAGGAAGAUCAAUGCUAGAACCAGUCUGUAAUAAUAAAACAUUAAUCCAAGAUCUAAAGCUAACCAUUUACUAAGGAGUGUUUCAGUGCAACCAAAGGUGAAAGGCAGCGACAAUAAAUAGAAUGAUUAUUACAGAAUGGGUUGUUACCAAACGAAAAACUUUUCAGACUAAAUUAACUUUGGGAGGCCAUUAGUGGAGGGACUUGGUGGGUUUAAAGGAGAUAAUUAUAUUUGGGGUUGAUAGAAAGUAAAGCACUUCAUGCAGGGAGGAUGUUCCCGAUGGUGGGAAGCAGAGGUCACAGUCUGAGGAUUUGGGGUAGACCAUUUAGAAUGGAGAUGAGGGAAUAUUUCUUCACCCAAAGAGUGGUGAGCCGGUGGAAUUGAUUCCAAGAAGGAGCUGAUGCAAAAACACUGAAUGUGUUAAAGAAGCAGCUGGAUAUAGCACUCAAGGCGAAUGGGAUAAAAGAUUAUGGGGAGAAAGCAG